AUGUCAAAGGAAGACAGAACCAAGAUUCACAGAUACUUGUUCCAAGAAGGUGUUGUUGUUGCUAAGAAGGACUUCAACCAAUCAAAGCACGAAGAAAUUGACACCAAGAACUUGUACGUUAUCAAGGCCUUGCAAUCUUUGACUUCCAAGGGUUACGUCAAGACUCAAUUCUCUUGGCAAUACUAUUACUACACCUUGACUGAAGAAGGUGUAGAAUAUUUGAGAGAAUACUUGAACUUACCAGAACACAUUGUUCCAGGUACUUACAUUCAAGACAGAUCUCAAACCCAAAGACCACAAAGAAGAUACUAA